CGCCAUCAGGCCCUCCGUUUCUUCCUCCCCAAUGUCCCAAUCACUCACCAUCCCUCCAAGUUCUGCUCAACCAUUUCCCCUUUGCAAUGCACCAACCAUUAACCAAUAAACCCUCCUUCCAAUCCACCAAACUGCAAGAAACAACUGACACCCAGCUCUCGCUCCCCGGCUUCCGCCUUCGCCGGCAAAGUUGAUCGCAAUCUCACACUACUGAUCGCCCAGUGAUCACUGACCAAUCGUCCAUUUGGAUUCGGGCAUUUCUUGGCACAUAAGCACCCUCCUCCUCCACACGCUUUGCUACUCGAAGCAUGCUUGCUGCCUAUUCCUUUACUUCUUUGCCAACGCUAGUAGGGGCCUUUAGGUGGCGCGUCUCCUCCUAGGUACGUAGCUCCCAAGAGAUCAGCCCGUUUCCUAGGUUCUUAUCUCUGAAUCCUUCGCACACGCCUGUACUGCACGCACUCCUUGCUCCUGUCCUCUCCGUCUCUUCCGUGCCGUCCGGCGAAUCCUCGCCGCGCCGUGCAUUCAGUGGCAGCCAUUCUUCCAGCACAUGCGCCUUUUGUUACAAAGGAGGUGCAGGGGAGACUGUGUGCCUUGGGCUGACUAGAGCAAGGAAUAUCUUUGAGUCCAUUGAUCAAGGAAAGGUAUAUUGGAAUUAGAUACUUCUGAUUACUAGGAAAAAAGUUGUGCCGACAACGACGAAGGCGCAGACCGCAGAAAGCUUCGGGCAGUAAUCUCAACAGGCAAAGAAGAUGUUCAACAACAUAGUCUCCACAUGGAACAAGAGGAGGAGAAGCAAAUCGCUUGACCAGUUGAAUCCUUGGGUGUACAAGACGGCCGAGCUGUGGCAGGUGAAGGAGCCGCUGCCGCUGCCGCCGCCGGCGCCGAAGAAGCGCAACUGCUCCAUGGUGUUCACCCUCAAGGAGAUGGAGGAGGCCACCGGCAUAUUCAGCGACAAGAACCUCAUCGGCAAGGGCGGCUUCGGCCGGGUUUACAGGGGCGUGCUCAAAGACGGGCAGAUCGUGGCCAUCAAGAAGAUGGACCUGCCGACGGCGAAGCAGGCCGACGGCGAGCGGGAGUUCCGGGUGGAGAUCGACAUCCUGAGCAGGCUGGACCACCCCAACCUGGUGACGCUGAUCGGCUACUGCGCCGACGGGAAGCACCGGUUCGUGGUCUACGAGUUCAUGCCCAAGGGCAACCUGCAGGACGUCCUCAACGGCAUCCACGGCGAGGUGAGGAUGGGGUGGGGGCAGCGGCUGCGGAUCGCGCUGGGCGCCGCCAGGGGGCUCACGUACCUGCACUCCACCACCGCUGUCGGCGUCCCCGUCGUCCACCGGGACUUCAAGUCCAGCAACAUCCUCCUCUCGGACCACUUCGAGGCCAAGAUCUCGGACUUCGGGCUGGCCAAGCUGAUGCCGCAGGACCUGGACCUGUACGCCACCACCAGGGUGCUCGGCACCUUCGGCUACUUCGACCCCGAGUACGCGCUGACGGGGAAGCUGACGCUGCAGAGCGACGUGUACGCGUUCGGCGUCGUCCUCCUGGAGCUGCUCACCGGCCGCCGCGCCAUCGAUCUCAGCCAGGGGCCUCAGGACCAGAACCUCAUUGUCAAGAUACACCAGAUGGUGGGGGACCGGAAGAAGCUGCGCAAGGUGGUGGACCGGGACAUGGGCAAGGGGUCGUACACGCUGGAGUCGGUGUCCAUGUUCGCCGGCCUCGCCGCGCGCUGCGUCUGCUUCGAGAGCGCCGGCCGGCCGGCCAUGCAGGACUGCGUCAAGGAGCUCCAGCUCAUCAUGUACGCCAACAUGAAGAUAUGAGCACGUUUUGAGAACGGCCGCGGGUCUUUGCUUGGUUCAGUCUUGGGAUUUUUACUCGAGGAAGAGGAAGAAGAUGGCGAUACAUAAUUUUAGUACCCCGUUCCAUUCAUAUUAAUUGUGGCUGAUCUAGUACAACUUUAUACUAUAUCAACGGCAAUUAAUAUGGAUUGAAGGGAGUAACUUUUCGUUGCGCCAGACGUUCUUGUGGAUGGUGGUAGGAUUGUUUCAAAGUCUUGAAAUGAGAGGGCUUAGUUUGCGAUGUCCAAAAAAUGGUGUCUCGAGAAGAAAUCUGCCCUGUCGUCAACGAUCGAUGGAGGGAGCAAGUGGUUUUUCUUUCUUUUGGAUUUGUACAGAUGGUUAAAAUCCCUGACUUUUGUAUUAUUGUGUUGCACAUUGCCACUUAUAUUAAUUAUUAAAUAAAAUAUAAAAUAAAGUCAA